AUGAUGGCACAAACCCAGCUGCACUGCGUGUGUCUCCUCACACUUUACUUGACAACUGGACAUGGCCAAGAGGGAAUGUUUAGUGGACCCCUGAAGCCCAUGACAUUUUCUAUUUUCGAAGGCCAAGAACCGAGUCAAAUCAUAUUUCAGUUUAAGGCCCGUCCUCCUGCUGUGACUUUCAAACUAACUGGGGAGACAGAUGGAAUAUUUCAGAUACAACCAGAUGGACUUCUGUAUCACACCAAACCUCUGGACAGGGAAACAAGAGCUGUUCACAAACUCGAGGUCUCAGCCCUGGAUGCUCACGGAGCUACAGUGGAGGGUCCAGUCCCCAUCACAGUGGAAGUGAAGGACAUUAACGACAAUCGACCCACGUUUCUCCAGUCAAAAUAUGAGGGCUCAGUAAGGCAGAAUUCUCGCCCAGGGAAGCCUUUCAUGUAUGUCAAUGCUACAGACCUGGAUGAUCCAAACACUCCCAAUGCCCAGCUUAUUUAUCAGAUUGUCAUGCAGCUUCCCAAGAUCAAUGAUGUCAUGUACUUUCAGAUAAACAACAAAACAGGAGCAAUAUCACUUACCUUGGAAGGAUCUAAGGAAUUGGAUCCCAUUAAGAAUCCUUCCUAUAAUCUGGUGGUCUCAGUGAAGGACAUGGGAGGCCAGAGUGAGAAUUCUUUCAGUGAUAGCACAUCUGUGGAUAUUACGGUGAAGGAGAAUAUUUGGAAAACACCAGAACCUGUGGAAAUUGUGGAAAACUCGACUGAUCCUCACCCCAUCAAAAUCACUCAGGUGCGGUGGAAUGAGCCAGGUGCACACUAUUCCUUAGUUGAGAAGGAGAAGCUGCCAAGAUUCCCAUUUUCAAUUGACCAGGAAGGAAACAUUUAUGUGACUCAGCCCUUGGACAGAGAAGAAAAGGAUUCAUAUGUUUUCUAUGCGGUUGCAAAGGAUGAGCUUGGAAAACCACUUGCAUUCCCACUGCAAAUUCAUGUGAAAGUUAAAGACAUUAAUGAUAAUCCACCUACGUGCCCACCUACAAUGCCUGUACUUGAGGUCCAGGAGAAUGAAGGAAUAGGUAACAGUAUUGGGACCCUUACUGCCCACGACAGGGAUGAAGCAAACACGGUCAACAGUGUUUUACAAUACAGAAUUUUGGAUCAGGUCCCUAAGUAUCCCAGAGAAGGACUCUUUGUUAUCCAGACCUACACGGGGAUGUUCCAGUUAGCCAUACAGUCCUUGAAGAAGCAAGAUGCUCCUCAGUACAACUUGACGGUAGAGGUGUCCGACAAAGAUUUCAAGACCCUCUGUCAUGUGCAAAUCAACGUUAUUGAUAUCAAUGAUCAGAUCCCCAUCUUUGAAAAAUCAGAUUAUGGAAACCUAACUCUUCCUGAAGACACAGCUGUUGGGUCCACCAUCUUAACCAUCCAGGCCACCGAUGCUGAUGAGCCAUUUACUGGGAGUUCUAAAAUCCUGUAUCGAAUUACACAGGGAGACAAUGAGGGGCGACUGGGGAUUGUCACAGAUCCCCAAACCAACGCUGGAUACGUCAUAAUUAAAAAGCCUCUUGAUUUUGAAACAGCAGCCGUUCACAACAUUGUGUUCCAAGCGGAAAACCCUGAGCCUCUGGUGUCUGAUGUACAGUACAAUGCCAGCUCUUUUGCCACAUUCAAUCUUUUUGUGACAGAUGUGAAUGAAGCACCUCAAUUUUCCCAACGAGUAUUCCAAGCAAAAGUCAGUGAAGAUGUGGCUGUAGGCACUAAAUUGGGCAACGUGACUGCCAAGGAUCCGGAAAGUCUGGACAUAAGUUAUUCACUGAGAGACGAUGAAAGAGGUUGGCUUAAAAUUGACCGUGUCACUGGCGAGAUCUUCAGUGUGGCUUCGCUGGACAGGGAAGCUGAAAGUCUGUAUCGGGUACAAGUGGUGGCAACCGAAGUAGGCGGGUCCUUCCUGAGCAGCACAGCAGCUUUCCACCUGAGCCUGACGGAUGUGAACGACAACCCCCCGCGGCUGGCCAAGGAGUACACCGGCCUGUUCUUCUGCUACCCCCUCCGAGAACCUGGAAGUCUCGUUUUUGAGGCUACUGAUGAUGAUCAGCAGUCAUUUCGGGGUCCCCAGUUUACAUUCUCCCUCGGCAGUGAAAGCUUACAAAAUGACUGGGAAGUUUCCAAAAUCAAUGGAACUCAUGCCAGACUCUCCACUAAGCACACAGGCUUCGAGGAGAAAGUUUAUAAUAUCCCCAUCCGCAUCAACGAUGGUGGUCGGCCACCCUUAGAAGGGACUGUCUCUCUACCAGUUACUUUCUGCACGUGUGUGGAGGGAAGCUGUUUCCGGCCAGCAGGUCACCAGGCUGGGAUGCCUACUGUGGGCAUGGCAGUUGGCAUACUCCUGACCACUUUUUUGGUCAUUGGUAUAAUUUUAACAGUUGUAUUUAUUCGAAUAAAGAAGAAUAAAGGCAAAGACAAUGCUGAAGGUGCUCAGGCAUCUGAAGUCAGACCUCUGAGAAACUGA